AUGGCAUCCGUUGGUGACACACAAAUCCGAAAACAACUGCGGGCUUGCAGGCGCCGUCAGAGACGUUAUCUAAGUUUAAAAAGUUCUAAAUCCUCCAACAAAAAAAAUUCUAAUCUUGAAAGUUCCGAUACAAACUCGGGAAAUGUAUACAUUGUUGAGAGUAUUCUCAAUGAAAGAAUUAUUAAAGGACAGAAAUACUACAAAGUGCGUUGGGAGGGAUUUCCACCCGAAGCAGAUAGUUGGGAACCAGAAACAAAUCUCACCAAUGUAUUAGAUAUAAUUUCCGAGUUCCACAAUGGCUCAAAAAGUAAAAUUUCGAAGAACUUAGAUAUACAUAAAGAUUGUCAGACAGUUUUCGAAAACUCUCCAGCUUCCGUCCCAACGCCUCCUGCUACACCAUGUUCAGUACUUCAAAACUCACAUAAUCCCUUGAGAGGCUCUAGUGAAGAACGACAGCUGAAUAAAUCCGUGAAACGUAAGCAUUUCACAAAGUCACGCACCGGCGGGAGAUAUGAAUAUGUUCCAAAGCACCAGUUAGUUGCUUCAAAGACAAAAUAUUUCGACGAUAUUCGAGAUGGAAAAAUCGACCUGUGCUCAAAUGAUCUUUAUUCACGUGUUAAAACUCGCAAGCGAUGCGCUGCUGAAUCUGCUAGCAACUCCGUAAGCAAUGAAUCUACUCAAAGCCGAAAUGGCAGUCUUCAAGGAGAAACGGAAUUAGAAUGUGAAGCCUCUAUGGAACAUUUUUCAACAUGUUCUCCAAAACGCGACCCAGUAUCACCAUCAUUUCCAUGUUUCAGGACCAACGAAUCACUUCAAAACUUUAACUGUACAUUUCGUAAUGAUGAGCAGAGCCAGCCCAUGUUUCCUAUAGGAGGUUCUGAAGAUUAUCAUCCUGAAAUAACGGAAAAUUUAGCUACCGCAAAUGUUUCUCCAUCUCAUCAGUCAGAUAUCAUUUCUAAGUUUGAUAGUAAGGCUGUUCAGUCAGAACUCCAUCCAAAUUCUUCAAAAGGGAUAUCUUGUAACCUUUAUCUCUGUGAUUCUAUAUCCAAAGUAGAUAUAGGACUAUCUCCAGUUUCUUCACAUCCAUUAGAUAAUAAACCACUCCAGGCGUUUGAAAGAGAAAGUACCUCUAAUUUUAGUGCUGUGGAACAGCCAGGAAAUUUCCACAAUCUGUAUGAUAAACUAUAUGAACGGAGCGUUUCAUCACUACGCACACUUGUAAAUAUUUACUUCAGUUUAAUUCUAUCUCAUAUUUCAAAUAAAGAUGAAAUAACGCAUAGUGAACAACCAACCGACUUUCAUAAUGAGCUUGAAUGUUUACCGCACUUAUGUGUCUAUAAUCAUUUAACCUCCAUUCAGACACCCAGUGAGUUCUUGAAUGCUAUCAAUAACCAAAGAUGGAGUCUUGUCGCCACCAUGCCUUCAGGAAACUUGUUUCCAGAAAACUCUCAAGCUCAAAAAAGCAGUACUUGUUCGUUCUCCCUAGAGAAGACGCCUGAAUCUCGCAAAAGUGAUAAUAAACCAGAUUUAGAGGAAAAUAAUCGUUUCAAAGAGGAUGCAUUAUUGGCAUGUAUCACUGGGGGUGCAGGUAGACCGUUAGUUUUAGAUCGACUACUUGCUUCUGGAUUGGAUCCUAAUAAGGUUACUGAACCUAAUUCUAAAUGGCCAUUAUUAGCUUUAGCGGUUUGUUUGGGCCGUUUACAUGCUGCUCAAGCACUACUUGAUGCAGGUGCUAAGCCUAACUGUGUCGAACCCAACCGCCGACAACGAUCAGCUCUUGGUUUAGCGAUAGCAGCAGGAGAUUUUGAUAUGGCCAACAUGCUUAUUUUAUCCGGUGCGAACUUUUAUGAGGUAGAACCCGGGACAACUGCCCUUAAUCUGAUUAUGAAGUUAUUAAAUGCUCAUUUGUCUGCACAACAAAAUCCCAAAAUUAACCAUCGUCAAAUAAACAAGUCAUAUCUUGCUCUUGCAGAACUCCAAGAUAAACUACGCAGUAUGGGUAGUCAAUUUCCUCCCGUACCUUCACCUUCCCCACCUAAUGGACUCAAUGUUCCUAGUUUACCUGAAUCCCACAUUUUUAAUGCACUUAUAAGUUCAAGCAUGAGAAAUCACUCCGACUCUUCUCAGUUAAAUAAUAUAAAUAACAACAUUUCUAAAUCCGGUAAUGCUUUACCGUCUGUAGACAGUUUACGUAGACUUCAUGAGCUUAUUGUGGCGCACCAUGCCCGUUUAUCAAUGAGUGUCACUAAUUUGGUACGAACGUGGCUUACUCGAGCUGAUCUUGUCCAAGUUGGAUUGGUCUCACCUUGUCAGUGGAUAAGUGUACGUCAGUGUUCUGCUUCAGUAAAAUUUUCUUGGCCAAACGAAUUAAGCAAUUCAAAGUUGCAGCCAAGUCGUGUAGUUGCACCCAUCUUGAUUUUAGUUCAUGGUCGAAUAGCACCUCCUGCUUGUUACGAUGUUUGGAUGGAUGAUGAUGGUCCUUGUGUUAUAGAACGCGUUUGUCUUGAUCAAACCUAUAUUCAGAGAGCAUUAAGUCGAAUGCCGUUUGUAACUACGGUGUAUCCACUUGGUUGGAAUUCAUCGAAACCUCAAGAACAUGAAGUAUCAAUCAACUUCAAACCAGAAAGUAUUUCAUCCAUUUAUUCUACACGUCCGACAUGUGUUGCAAUCAUGAUUGUUGCUGUUGCCCUAUCCCAAUCCGAUAAUAAGGAAAAAGUAUCACAACAGAAUGGAAACUCGAAUGCUAUUCAGUCUUCACAUUUGUCUAUAGCUAACAGUCAACUGAUUUAG